CAAUGGAAAAGGUCAAAUCAAUGCUUUUAUCAAACGUUAAACAUUCGGGAGAGUACCUAUUGAUGUUGAUGACACUUUCGUAUCAUGUUUUGAACCAUUAGUAUAGAAUAACAAUCCGUAUCCGGAAGAUUCAACAUGCCGAUUAUCUUAUAUAACUUCCCAAUGGGAGCUCCAACAAGGGCGAUUCUUCUUUUGAUAAAAGAGUUGGACUUAGAUGUUCAGCUAAAAGAAGUUGACCUAAUGGGUGGUGGAACUCGGACUGAAGAAUUCAUCCGAAUGAAUCCUCAGCACACGGUUCCGACCCUCGACGAUAAUGGAUUCUAUCUGUGGGAAUCUAGAGCCAUUUUGGCUUAUUUGGUGGAAACUUAUAAACCAGGACAUGAUCUUUUCCCCACAAUUCCUCGGAUAAGAGCCUGUAUCAACCGAGUUUUACAUCACGAUUUGUCCGAUCUCUAUGCUAAUACCAGUCUCUUGUUGGCUCCCAUCUGGAUGGGUAAGACAACAGUUGUGAGUGAUGAAGUGAAAGCGUCCUUCCAAGAAGCUCUCGAGACGCUGGAGAAGUUUUUGAUUCGGAACGAGUGGUUUGCCGGAGAAACCUUGACUAUUGCGGAUCUUUCGAUUUUGCCAUCGAUUUCUUCCAUGGUGCACAUCGGUGUCGACCUAACGAAGUUUCCAAGACUAGCAGCUUGGUAUGAAAACUGUAAAAGUCUCAAAGGCUACGAAGAAGAUCAACAACUUGCCGCUCAAGGUGGAGUCUAUUUCAAGUCAUUGCUUACCCAAGGAUUUUAAACAAUAAAUUUUUUUUAAUAUCGUAGAUGUUUACAUAAACCAUUUUAAUAAGA